UUGGAAUUUCCUACAAAUUUCUAACGAUUAUUCUUAUAAACGCCUGCACGUUUUAAGCAAUCUUGCUUGCUCACUUUCACGUUGUUCAUGCCACGAUGCUUAUUGUUUCAAAAAUGGGCUGUUGAAAUAGUUAACGAUCUAAAUGUAUAUGAGAUCCAAAGUAAAAUAAUUCAUUUGUCCAUUGUAGCAUUUUAUAAUGGACUGGAGGCCGUUUCUCUAUGGCGGCUUAGCCUCAAUGACUGCGGAAGUAGCAACAUUUCCCAUUGACACAACAAAAACAAGACUUCAACUCCAAGGGCAACACAUUGAUAUCACUAAUAAAAAGAUAAGAUACCGGGGAAUGCUGGAUGCAUUUGUUACAAUAUCUAAAGAAGAAGGUGGUAAAGCUCUUUAUUGUGGUGUUGCCCCAGCUUUAUUAAGACAAGCAACAUAUGGAACAAUAAAGAUAGGAAUGUAUCAUGGAAUCAAAAGGAUUAUUGUGAAAGACCCAAAAGAUGAGAAAUUUUACUACAACAUUUUAUGUGGUGUGGUGUCAGGUGCAGUCGCUGCUGCCUUGUGUAAUCCAACAGAUUUACUUAAAGUUCGCAUGCAAGCUCAGAGUAGUGAUUUUAUUCUUAAGAAAGGAAUGGUUUGUUCAUUUGCAGAAAUUCUUCAAAAUGAAGGAUUAUCGGGGCUUUAUAGGGGUGUGAUUCCAAAUGCCCAGCGAGCUGCUGUUGUUGCUGGAGUAGAAUUAGCAGUUUAUGAUUGGUGUAAGAAGAAAAUAUUGGACAAUGGUCUUUUGCAAGAUAACAUGCUUACCCAUUUUCUCUCCAGCUUUGGUGCUGGUUUUGCAGGCGCUGUUGCAUCGAAUCCAAUUGAUGUAGUUAAGACAAGAUUAAUGAACCAACGAAAGUUAAAACAGAACGAUACUAGUGAAGCACAGAUUUAUAAAAACUCUCUAGAUUGUAUUAUGAUGACAUUAAGAACCGAAGGAUUUCUCGCAUUGUAUCGUGGUUUCAUUCCAAAUUUUGUUCGUCUUUGUCCUUGGAACAUUGUUUUUUUUAUGUCUUUUGAACAGUAUAAGACUUUAGGUGAUAAACUUUUGUGAGCUGAAAUUUCUGGAAUUCUUAAAUAGAAAGUACUGAUUAAAGUUAGCUUUCUGCAUUAUUGUAUGAAUUUAUUUAUGACAAACAUUACAUCUUUGAAAUCUUGAAAUUAUGGCAAAUUAAUUACGAUGCAAUUUAUUAAAGAUCUUAGAAAUUGUAAA